AUAGGUUUAACAACCGCAUUUCUCAUAUCUCAGAUUCAAUCCAUGGAUCAACACCACUUCCUCCACCACCACCACCACUACCACCACCCUCAAGACCACCGCACCACCCGCUACAACCUCCCUCCUCCGCCCCCGGCGCCGCCCCCGCCACUACCCUACCACCACCACCACCGCACCCCUCCCCAACCCCAAACCCAACCCCAACAACAACAGCAGCAGCAACAACAACCACAACAAUUCCCCUUCACCACUCCCUCCACCGCCACCGCCGCUGCCACCUACCCUCACCACCACCACCGCCACCUCGACGACGACCCUCCCUCUCUCCCCUACGACCUCCUCCCUCCCCGCCGCACCGCCCUCCCCUGGAACCCUAACCCUAGAACCUCCCUCCCCGACGAUUUCGACCGCCAAUUCCACCGCCACCGCCCUCCCCCGCCGCAAAUCGACCCUCUCCGCUACGAUCCCGACCGCGACCGCGCCGAUCCCUACGACCGCAACUCCGCCGAACAAUCGUUCGCGUGGGGCGGCGCCGGUAACUACCACGGCGACGGCGAUCCCGACCCCGGCUACGUCCGCGUGUACAGCGUGGAAUGCGACGCUGACGUGGCGGGGCGAGGGUCCAAGAGGUGGUUGAUGAGUGACAGAGAGAGGGGGAGAGAGUUGCACGAGUCUUCUUCUAGUUUAGUGAAUAGUACUAACAAUGAGAAAUAUUAUCACCAUGCCUCUGAUUUGGGUAGGUUUAGUAGAGGGAACAAUGGUAGAGAGUGUGCUCAUGAAUUCGCGCGCACCCCUCCUAAGAAACAGGUGCAGAAGAAGAGUGCGCUUCUUAGGAUUCAGACGGUUAAGCCGAGUAACCAUAGGAACCGUGAGGUUGAUCAGUUAAGGUACCAGGGUUAUGGUUCUGAGUUUUUCAGGGGGAAGGAGCAGUAUUUGGGGCAUGGGGUGAAGGGGGAGGAGAGAGAUGAGAGAGAGGGGAGUCCUGUUGAGAUUGAUAUUUCUUUUGACCCCAAUUCGCUUGGAGCGAAGGCAUUUGUGCCCCCCCCACCGCCACCACCACCCUUGAGUUCGGUUUCUGUUCCUGAUUUGAAUGUGACUCCGGUUUUAGAUUCAGAUUUCGGUUAUGGGGAGAGGAGUAAAAGGGUUCCGGAUGGUGAUUAUUCUGGUUUGCAACCGGUUAGGGUGUCUUCAGUUAUUGUGGAUUUGAAUAGGUCGCCUUUCAAGGGGAAUGAUAGCUCUAUUUCAGGGAAGAAGGAGGUGAGUGUGCAGAAGACUGUUGAUGGUAGUUCUUCCCGGCCUUCUGCCAGGGAGGCUGAUGAUUCUCGCGGGAAAAAUAAGGUGCUGAAUUCAGUUAAAGCUGGCAAUGUUUCUUCUGGUAAAUCGGCCCCCAGGGUUGUUAAGAAGAAGAAAAUUGUUAAGAGAAUUGUGAAGAAAGGAACUGCAAAUUCUAAGUCAGCUGUGUUGAAAUCGGUACCAGCUAAUAGGCUUCCUCAAACUGUUGAAGCAGAGAGUGUAGCAGUCAGUUCUGCAACUGCCCCUGUUCCGGAGAAAAUUGAAGCUAAUUUGGAUGAGAAAAACAACAUUGUUGACAAGGUUGUUGAGCCAGAUUGUUUGCACAAUUUACCAAAGGAAGAUAAUUCAUUGAAAGAGGAUAAAGAGGGAGGUUUAUUGCAACUGAGUUUGGGGCCAGAUUCCAGGUCGCAAGAGUGUAAAUGUGACAAAAAUUCUGAUAUUGGGAAAGUAUCCAGGUUUGAAAGAGAUGGAAACAUUUCAAAUUUUCCAUCUUGUGCUUCUAGUAAUCAGGAUAAGAAGAGUGAUUCUGAUUGUUUAGAUGCAAAUAAUUCUGUCCAUGAUAAUGCAAAUACUUCUGAUUGUUUAGAUACAAAUUGUUCUUUGCCAAAUACUGACAAGGUUACUAAAUCUUUAAAUGGAAGUACUAUUCCUGAAGUCAAUCACAUGGAUUAUGAUAAUGAGCAUUUAUGUCUGAAUGAAGUGUCUCUAUCACCUGGGAAAUAUUCAAUUGUAGGAUCCCCACCGAAUUGGAAUCUUGUAGAUGUAGGUGACGAACUAUUCAAAAGCAGUGAUACCUUUUCAAGUUCAGAAAAAACUAGGAUUCAGGAUGGUCUAGAUUGCCUGCAACAUGCUAGUGCACUGAAGCACACUUCAGAUAACGGAUCAUCUAAUUUAGAAGAUUGUAUUAGUGUUCACUGUUCUGGUAUCAUGCAUGAUGCUGGAAAGCAGGUGUCCCCUAGUGAUGUCAUCAUAUCCCCUGAGAAUUGUGAGACACAAAAGACAUUUCCAAAUUCUAAUAUUUCAGUUGGAUCUGGUGAAGGGGACACAAGUGAGAUAAAAAAGAGAAAAGCUAGAACUCAAUUAAAUUUUUUGGGUACAGAUAUAGAAUGCUUAUCUCUAGACCAUGUAAAUCUACUUAGCCUGCCAAAUAAUGUGGAUGGAGACUCGAGUCUGUUGUUGAAAGAUCCAUGUCCUUCAAAAGUCUUAAAUCAAUCUGUUAAAAACAUAGAUUUUAACUCACAAUCCAGCCUGGAUGGGGUCACUGCUUUACAUAGGAAAGGGGGGGUUUUAGAGGCUAAGGUUUAUGUUGGAAAUAAUGACAAUGAUGAUGCAAAUGAGGUUUCACCAGCUUCUAAAAGGAAAAAAGUCACAGCUAGUCACCCAAAUUUCACUCAAAGUCAAUCAGAAUACCAUGAUGUGAUUGUGACUCCCACAUCUGGUGCUGAAGCUCCUAGCGGUUUCAGUGGUAACCAAAAACAUCAGCGAGAAGUUGCUUUGUCAAGCAUGGCUACAUGUAUUCCCUCUAUUGCUCAAUCAAUGCCUUAUUCAGAGGAUAUUACUAAAUUGUCUGACAAUAUUAUGGCUGGAGGAUCUUUUGAGUCUAUUGAUACAAAUAAGGAAACCACAAGUUCUGAGUAUUUGGAAUUGCAGAACUCAGAUAUUGUCAAUUCUUCACCAUGUGAGGACUUGGCAUUUCCAAAUGUUCAGUUCUCAUCAUUGGAAGGUGAGUGCAGAGAAAACAUUACUCCAAUUGUCCCUAUAUGUAAUACUCAAACUGAUGUUUUGGUAGUUGGAAAUAUAAUUGGAGAAAAGACUGAUUUACCGGCUGUUGAAGAAAAUUGCCGGUAUAGAGACUUUGUGCAAAAGUCUCCAAUGGCUGAUAUGGAACCUAAUGAUCUCAAUAUGAAGAAUGAUUUGCUUUCUCAGCAGAACGUUAUGUCCCAUCCAUUCAGCAGUGAUGAAGUCACAACAAGUAAUUCAAAUGACGAAUUGAUUGAGGAUGCACCUGGUGCAUUGUCAGAUAUGUUUUCACAAGGGAUGGCACCUUCAGUACCGGGUAGAAGUAUUAUAGAAUAUACUGCAAUCCAUGAUGAAAAUAUUUGUGGUGAUGAAGAAAAUCCAGAUAACAUAUCUAUGGUUGAACAUGGUUCUGACUUAAAUACUUUUACUUCAUCAAUACAGCAGACAAAAAAGAUCAAGACAGAUCAUGCAAUUGGACGGAGUAACCUGAUUACAAAGAAGACAAGGUCAGAACCAUUACAAGUUUCUUCCAAAGUUACAACUCAGGCCCUUAAUUCACAUCGUUCUGAGUUGAGUGGGACCAAAAAUCAGUCAGGUGGUGUCAUUCUCAAAACUUUUCCAGGUCAUUCUUUCACCUUUUUGAAGUCAAAGACCAAGACAUCUACCUCUUCAACUCAUGUGUCAAAGCCCAGAACUUGGCAUCGUACAGAUAAUAAUCCUCCUGCUUCUCUACCUAGAAUCAAGCCUUCAGUAGGAACAGUUCCUCCCAAAAGGCCAAUUCUAGAAAGGAAAGUGAACUUUCAAAAUACCUCUUAUGUUCGUAAAGGUAACAGUCUCGUAAGGAAAGCUACACCAGUUUCUGCUCUACCACAAGUCUUCUCUGUGAAGCAGUCAUCUUCUUUGGGCUUAGAUGAAAUACCAAAAAACAUUAAAUCUGAAAGCAGGGCUGAUGAAAUAACAAAAAGCAUCAUGUCUGAAAGCAGGGCUGGUGUGACAGAUCAACCAAUGCACUUGAGUACAGGAGCUACAAAUGCUCCUCAGCAGAAGCAGAGAACACCUCCAUUUCCAAUUGACACCAAAUCAGAGGAAAAUACAUCAUCCUCAUUCGUACAACCACAAUCUGGGGGUUUCUGUGAAAGUACAUCAGAUCCUAGGAAAUUUAUAGAAACCAAUAAUAAUGCACCAAACUAUUCUGAAGAUGCACUGAAGCAUAAUGAAACUCCAGAAAAUCAAACUAGUCCAUCUGAUAAUGGGGAGAGCCAAAUUGAAGCAAACAAUGGAAAUACUUUUUCUUUGAAUACAAAGAAAAUGGUAUAUAUAAGGCCCAAAACAAAUCAAUUGGUUGCAACUUCAAAUUCUUGUGAUGUUUCUGUCUCUACUGAUGACAAUGGCCAAACUGCCUUCUCUGAUGGCUACUACAAGAGAAGAAAAAAUCAAUUGGUUAGGACUACAUUUGAUAGCCAUGUCAACCAGACAGUUGCAAUGCCCAAAAGCACCACAAAUUCUGAACGACAAGGAACUAGUAAUGCUCUUUGCAUCAGGAGGUUUAGUAAGAAGCGGUCACAUAAGGUUUCUAGGAGUUCUUGCAAACGUUCAAGAGCCUCAUUAGUGUGGACGCUCUGUAGCAAAAAUUCUUCUAAAAAUGAUAGGGACUCACGGCAACAAUAUCAGAAGGUUUGGCCUCAAUUGUUUCCAUGGAAAAGAACAACUUUUUUAAGAAACUUCAUUCAUAAUUCUGCUUCAAACUUCAAUAGUAGUUCUGUAUCUUCAAUCAGCAAAAAAUUGCUUCAGUUGAGAAAGAGGGAUACUGUUUACACUAGGUCAACCCAUGGGUUUUCUCUUUGGAAAUCCAGAGUUUUAGGUGUUGGUGGGUGUAGUUUAAAAUGGUCCAAAUCCAUUGAGAAGAACUCAAAGCAAGCUAAUGAGGAAGCCACACUUGCUGUUGCUGCAGUGGAGAGGAAGAAGAGAGAGCAGAAAAAUGCGGUUUGCAUCGGUUCUCAGUCAAAGAUGGUUGAUUGUGCAGGAGAACGUAUAUUUCGUAUUGGUUCAGUUCGAUACAGAAUGGAUCCUUCCAGGAGGACACUUCAGAGGAUUUCAGAUGAAGAUGAAUCCCUGCCCUCUACAUCUUCCUGUACAGGUUUGGCUUCCAAAAGACCUUACAUUCCAAGGAGAUUAGUGAUCGGAAACGAUGAGUAUGUCCGAAUUGGCAAUGGUAACCAGCUUAUCAGAGACCCAAAGAAACGAAGUCGAAAAUUGGCAAAUGAAAAAGUUAGAUGGAGCUUGCACACUGCUAGACAGCGGUUGGCUCGAAAGCAGAAGUACUGUCAAUUUUUUACUAGAUUUGGGAAAUGUAAAAAGGAUGGAGGAAAGUGUCCUUAUAUUCAUGAUCCCUCAAAAAUCGCUGUCUGUACUAAGUUCCUGAAUGGUUUUUGUUCUACUCCCAACUGCAAAUUGACACACAAGGUUAUUCCAGAGAGAAUGCCAGAUUGUUCUUAUUUUUUGCAAGGCUUAUGCUCAAACAGAAAUUGUCCAUAUAGACAUGUCAAUGUGAACCCCAAGGCAUCUAUUUGUGAAGGAUUUCUCAAGGGUUAUUGUGCUAAUGGGAAUGAGUGUCGGAAGAAGCACAGCUAUGUAUGUCCUACUUUUGAAGCAACAGGAACCUGUUCUGAAGGAACGAAAUGCAAACUUCAUCACCCCAAAAAUCAAAGCAAGGGAAAGAAAAGGAAGAGAUCUAGAGAUCAGAACAGUAGAGGGCGUUAUUUUGGUUCUAUUCCUGCUGCUGAUGUUUCUGAAUCUGGAAUGGUGGCUCCAAAACGACUUAAACAGAGUGGUGAGCUGGAAGAGGAACUUUCUGAAUACAUCAACCUUGAUGUGAAUGCUGAAGUUGAAGACACUGUAGAUCAAUCAUUUGAGCCAGCAGCAAUGUGUGACAACGAUUCCUUGGAUCUACACUUGGAUGAUUUUGAUGAACUUAUUAAACCAGUUCUUCUAAUGAAAACAUUGCAUAGCAGAGACUUUAGGUCCGUUGUAAAUGAGCUAGUUUAGGUAAUGCAGUGGUGCCCUUUUUGCCCCUUCUUAAUUCUUUUUCUCAUUUAUUUUUAAUGCAUACCGUAAAUGUAAACAAUAGGUCAUCCUCCCCCUCCCCCUCCCCUUUUUUUUCUUUUUGUUGAUUUAACAUUGUACCAUAACAUUUGAAAUAAUAGAUAAAAAGAAAAUUUUCUUCUACUAA